CUCAGAACCUUCAACCAUCGGUGGCCGAUCACAAAGAUGUUCCCUCUUCUGGUGAUUGUGGGCAUUCUACUACCGGUUUCUACAUUCGGACGAGUAUCUCCUGUGCAUGGUUAUGUUCACAUGAUUCCUGGAGUCGAACAAGUUGCACCUGGUGUUGCACAAGUUGCGCGAGGACUCGUACAACUAGCACCUGGAGCCUCACGUGUUGCAACUGGACUCGCACAAUUUGCCCCGGGAGUUGUAGGAAACACAUACGCAAAUUUUUAUCGCAAUCUGUUGAGCUAUUAUCAAUCUCAUUAUGCCAACCGAAAUCAACAAUUUGGAUACCCACUUAUGCACAACCAGAACGUGGGAAAAGGGGCGUUGAGGGCUCGGCAACGUGUUGCUAAUCUUCAUAAUGUCCAUUACAACAAAUUUCAGAAGAAGAAGGUCGACUAUAAAUAUCAACCAACCAAACAUAGCAACAAGUAUCCGGACGGGUAUUACAAAGACAAAUAUCCAAGCAAUUAUCCGGAAGGAACGUACAAAGAGCUUGACAAAUAUCCGACAGAUGAUAAAUAUUCUCAAGAUACUAUUUAUCAACCUGGAUACUAUCACGACAAACAUCCGAAAGAUUAUCACCAUGACCCUCCCCACAACAAGUACCCUACAGAAUACUCAGGUGAUAUAAAUGCUGGUCAGAAAUACAGAGAAACCUAUUCAAAUGGAUACCUGCGUGACAAAUUUCCAAAGGAUUAUAAAGGCGAUAAGCAUCCAACUGAUCUUUACUCAAAUGAUAAAUAUCCAAAUGGAAAAUACAUUGGUAUUAACGCUCACCCUCUUCAUGAUGAAAGACCACAUGAUUACCAAACAGAAGAUAAAUACUAUGGUGGAAAAUAUAAAGAAACUUACCCUAAAGAAUAUUUGAAUGACAAAUAUCCAAACGGCAAACAAGGUGAAUAUUACCCUAAUGCGAAGUAUCCAAAUGAAAACUUCUACAUGAGCAUUCACGGUUACCCCAAUAUUGACAAAUAUCCAAUUGAUAAAUAUCCAGAUGGACACUAUAAAGCAUCUCAAUCGGACUAUCCUCGCGAUAAGUAUAACAAAAAGCAGAUCAGACCUAACUUUCGUCGUAAUAGACGAGGCGACACCGACUCACAGUUCGAAUUCGAACUUCCUGUUUCUGACGUAACAGGAAAAAAUAGACCCAUGGAUCUCGCCGGAGACUUCGAUGACGUUGUUAGUCAUCAACGUUACCGUUUACUUACUGGGGGUCUUUUCUCAGGGUCUAUUUCUGACCAUUCAGCUGGCAUUGGUUGGGGUUUAUUGGACGUAGGACCAUUGAGCCCAAGAGGGAGACACAACCACAUCCAUCCGACUUAUACAGGAAAAGGAAUUCCUGAGAAGUAUCCUGGUGUUCAGCACAAAAAGCACAAGUUUGAUACUUAUCAUAAUAAGGGGUACAAAGACAGCAUUAGUCAUAAGUAUGAUACUUACCAAGAUUAUAAGGAUAACAAAUACAGAACAGGUGAAAAGUAUGAUACUUAUCCGUACAAAGAUUACAAAUACACUACAGAUCAAAAGUAUGACACUUACCAAAAUGCUUACAAAUACAAUACAGAACAAAAGUAUGACACUUACCCAAAGAAAGAUAGCAAAUAUCAUAUGACGCAUAUUGGUAGUGUAUAUCCUGAUCAUGACACCAGACAGUAUCCAACAGGUCAUUUAGAUUCCUAUAAAGGCCUAUACGGAAAUAUGACACAAAAGAAGGAUUACAAACUGAAAGGGAACACGCAUAAGAAGAGAUAUUAA